UCUCUCUCUCUCUCUCUCUCUCUCUCUCUCUCUCCAGGUUUAGCUCCAUCUCAGAGUGAAUCGGGCAUCAGAUGCCAUCACCUGUCGCGAAGCCGCACACUGGCGCGAGAGCGCGCACGCAAGAGGCUUGUUCAUCAGAUAACGCUGCUUACAGAUUUAACCUGCACAAUGUUUCCAGGAGUUUUUUACAUUUAUCUCUUCUCAUCUCCUCCGUGGGGUGUUUCACACUUUCCAGCGUUUUACUGAUACAUAGGCUACUCAGAUCCAGAAUGGAGUCAUUUAAUAAAUCCAGGUGGGUGGGGUCAGUCCCAGGGGAUUAUAACUCCUCGUCCUUUGGACUGGGAUUUCCAGGAACUCCAGUUGGGAAUUACACUGGCAAUGUGUCCGAUCAAAGCAUGCCUUUUCAAGGGAGCAGCACGAUGGUUACUGCAAUCAUAUCAUUCACAGUGUUCGUCGUUGGACUCACUGGCAACACUCUGGCUAUCUACGUAGUUUUGCGUUAUGCUAAGAUGAAAACUGUUACAAACAUCUACAUUUUAAACUUGGCCGUGGCUGAUGAGUUGUAUAUUUUGGGCCUCCCUUUCCUUACGACGCAAAACGUACUGUCCUACUGGCCGUUUGGUUCAUUCCUGUGUCGCGUCGUCAUGACUGCUGACUCAUUAAAUCAAUUCACAAGCAUCUUCUGUUUGACAGUGAUGAGUAUUGAUCGCUAUUUAGCAGUAGUGCAUCCUAUCCGCUCCACUAGGUGGCGCCGACCACGAGUAGCUAAAGCAGUUAGCGCAGCGGUGUGGGCAUUUUCCUUUAUCGUUGUUCUCCCCGUGGUGAUAUUCUCUGACGUUCAGGACAUGUUUAACUCAUGCAACAUGAGUUGGCCGGAGCCACGAGAUGUUUGGUCGAUGGCAUUCAUACUUUACACUGCUACGCUCGGAUUCUUCGGCCCCCUGCUGGUCAUCUGCAUGUGUUACCUGCUCAUCGUAGUCAAGGUGAAGUCGUCCGGUGCGCGGGCGGGAUUUACGAAGCGUAGACGCUCCGAGCGGAAGGUGACCCGCAUGGUGGUGGUGAUUGUGGUGGUGUUCGUCCUCUGCUGGCUGCCAUUCUACAUCAUCAACACCGUAAACCUAGUCUUCAUACUCCCGGAGAACAGCGUGAUGGCAGGGGUGUAUUUUUUCGCCGUCAUCCUGUCGUAUGCCAACAGCUGUGCCAAUCCGCUACUCUAUGGGUUCUUGUCUGACAACUUCAAGCAGAGUUUCAGGAAGGUGCUGUGCGUGCGCAAGACAAACGGCGUGGAGGAUGGUGAUCCCAGUGUGCCGCGGACGGAGAAAACGACGACCCAUGAUACGUUCAUGACGCCUCGGAACAAUGACGUUAAUGGACACCUACAGGGCAGCCAGGUACAGCUUUGGUGCAUGGUGAGGGAUCUGCAGUUACAGUCUUGCAUGAGUGCAUCUGAGAACCCUCAGCCUGCAAGACCCCAGAUCAUUGGCCAGUCCACUCUCUAAACGCUGUUUCUCUCUCUGUCUGUCGUUUCCAUCUUUGUUUUGUCUCCUUUCCUGUGCUCUAUUUGUCUUAUCGUCUCUCCAUUCAUCCCUUCAAUUUGUCUGUAUGUCCACCUGUCUCUUCUUCGGGCUUUUUGUGGAAGGUGUGGCCUGAGCCUCAAGCCACACCCCUGAGUGUGCCAGUGACUCCGCCUUCCCACACAGCAGAGCUCAGCCUCCACCCGGUGCCCCUCGUCGCCACGCCCAGCUCCAGCCGUGACCUGUGACCCCAGCGGGUCGUGAGAGCCCAUCCGAACAAUGCCAGGAUACUUUGUUUUGGGUGGAGGGCGCCGUGUGUUUUCAUGCUGGAAAAUGGAAAACCUGGAAAAUAUCAGGAAUUUUAAAAUGGCUUGGGAAAUUCAAUGUUGAAUUUAAAAGCUUUAAAAUAUUUAAUCAGCUAAGAAUUACUAUUUGUAAAUUUGUGUAAAACACUAUUUAAAAUCUUUUGAGUCUGAGGCCACAAUCUGUUUCAUAUUUUUAAGAAUUUCAACACAAUUAUAUCAGCAUCAGCAAAGCA